CGCAUGAAUCGAUGGAUUCCGCACCGCGACGAAUACCUUGACAACAUACUCGCACAUGAAGCUCUCCCGACUCCUCGCCCAGUGCCAUGUAUUGGAUGUUGUGACCCAGCGUCUAUGGGCGUGUAUCGCUGCCAAGACUGUUGCGGAGGUCGGGUGCUUUGCAAGGGCUGCAUUCUGGGUGCUCACCAAUGGCUUCCACUACAUCAUCUUCAGAUGUGGGCAGACAGCUGUUUUCGCUCGGUUUCUCUUCAAGAACUUGGGCUGAAGGUGCAGCUGGGUCACCCCGAUGGCAAAUCAUGCUGUAACUCCGUCAAAGGACACACGAACUUUGUGGUCUUCGACUCCGAGGGGUACCACUCGGUCAACCUCCUGUUCUGUGACUGCAAAGUGCCCGACACGCGCUCCCAUAGGGACCAACUUCUCGACAUCGGGUGGUAUCCGGCGUCCGUAAUACAACCGCAGACGGCGUUCACGUUCCGAUUUCUCGACACUUUUCAUCGUCUCACACUUCAAGGCAAGAUAUCACUUCAUGAUUAUUACCUCGCGGUUAUCCACAGAACCGACAACGCAGGUCUCCAACAACGAAUCAUCAGUAUUUCUCAAGCACGUUAUCGGUAUCACGAGGCGGCUCUCGCCGCACGGCAAUACGCUCACCUGAUGCAAGCAAAGCGAAUGGGCCGCGGGCACGAUCCCUCUGGUAUCAGCGGCACCCAGCGAGGCGGCCUUGCGCUUCCCUGCCCGGCGUGCCCGCAACCAGAUUGGAAUUUGCCGAAGGGAUGGGAAAGCGCUCCGCCGGAGAUCAAAUGGCUAUACGCAUUAUUUCUCGCACUGGAUGCCUGCUUCAAGAUGAAGAAUAGAGACAGGAAGAUCGAUGAUCCCGAGCUUGGGGGCGGUACGGGAUAUUUUGUCGAUGAAGCGGAAUAUCAGGCGCACCUCAAACGGUAUGUUGAGGAGCCCGAGAAAAUCGAUCCAUGCGACUCCACAUUCCACGCCAUCAAAGCGGUGAAUAGUAAGAAGGCAUCAAGCGACGUCAUGUCUGUUUCAGGCGUUGCUGCUGUCAAAUGCGCCAGACACGCGUUGAUGGUGCCGAACGGCGUCGCAGAUCUCCAACGCGGUGAGAAAUAUGUCACGAUGGACUGGAUUUUUUGGUCCAGCCUUCUUCUGGUCGGGGCGAUGCUUCCUGUCAUUGCGAGCUACGACAUCGCAUGCCAAUGGAAGCAGAACCUUCGCCGCCGACAGUCGAAGCUUCCUGCGUCCUACGCAGCACUUGCCGUCAUUGCAAUACGAUUCUUUAUACCGAAUUUCCAUAUUAACGGACAUAAACUCAAAUGUCAAACCGAAUUCUAUUUUCUCCUGCACGAGGACGUUGGACUGACCCAUGCCGAGACCGUGGAGCAAGAAUGGGCACACAUCGGCGGAGUCGCAACAAUGACUCGCGAUAUGGGCCCGUCAGCUCGACACCACACACUGAACGACCACUGGACGUUCUGGAACUUCCGCAAGAUUAUAGGAUUCGGAGACUGGUUCUAUCGGUCGCUCACCAAUACCCAAGAUGAGAUGCGGACACAUCAAGAAGUUCUUCACGAAUUUACGGAACGUUUCUCGAAAGAGACUAUUCAGGACUGGGAGUUGAUGAUACGGCGGUGGGAGCAAGAUCCUAAACAGCCAAAUCCUUACGAGGAGAUCGAGGAAGCCAUCAAUGUCAACAAAUUGCGUGGCGAACUCGCUAAGGAGGAUGCAGCGGAGGCAGGCCAACCCGACGCAACGGCACUACAUGCGACAUCCGGGAACAUGUUCGUCCAUCAAACCUUCUGCCUCCUUGAUCAGCGUCGCAAACUCCGCCAGCACGCAGCGGAUACCAAGGCCCAUGCUACCGAAGCCGCAAAAGCCACAUUGCAGGAGCGGCGCGCGGCAUUUCGCCGCCGGGUCUUCGAAUUUUACCGAAUCCAGAAUAUCUACAUGCCCGGUUGUAUAGAGGAGCGCAUGUCUCAACUGGGAGAAGACGACCUUGGCUCGGGUGACACAAUUAACGCCGAAAAUCUCCCGAUCCUACUUCCUUCGGACCUCAAGGCCACGCUGCGUAGCAAAGGAUGCCUUCCGGGGAUUGUCGACACCGAGAAGCGCUACGCCGAGGCCUUGUUGAAGGAUAGCUUAGUCAAUGUGCGGCGCUUUCAGCGCCUUGUGGCGUCGUCGUGCCCGAGAACUCAUAAAUCCGGCAUAGGUCAACGGGAGGGAACGAGGUCCCGGUCCCUCAUGGAUACGGUAGCCGCAAAGCUCAAUCGCGCAUUCGACACGUAUGGGUCGGCGUAUACCGCGAUGCGAUCCCUAGACCCACGCGGCCCCUGGUCUCUACGCUUCCGGGAAUUACGCCGCGAGGAUCUUCGUGGCCCACGUCGUCAUGACAACAGCGCAUACUCUGAAGAGCAGCCCUCGGAGACUCACCGGACGCCAUCUUGGAUUUGGACCGUAUUGAUAACCGACUACUCUACCGACCACACCGAUUUUGAGGUGACCGAGGUGGCCGACAGCCGAGCAAUGGAUUUGCAGAUGCGGAGCGAGUGGGCACGCCAGCGCGCCAGGACGCGAAGGCACGAGGAGGAGAUCUGCCUUCUGGUAGAGGAAAUGCGGCGUGUCUUGACUUACCUUCUUGCGAAAGCCGAUUGGUGGGAGACUCAGGGACAACGCCGCGACCAGAGCGGUGAUUCAAAAGUCAAGAGCAACCCUCGAUUAGCUCAUGGCCUACUCGCAUACGCGUCCCGUCAAGCAAGCAUUCUCCGAGACCUUGCUAAGGUCUUUGCGAAGUUAUGGCUCCCACCACUGAAAGUCCACGGAUUAGGUCAAGAUUGGAUCAUGAAGCUCGAGCCUCUUAUAAUCACUGACCCGCGCGAAAUGGAUGCCGCCAUGAUAGGUAAGUGA